AUGGAGGAUCGUCUAGAAGCCGCGCUCCUAAGGGCGGGGAUAGCGUCGGCAGGGAUAGGUGAUCUUGGAGCAGCGAUGCAAGCUCCUGUUACUGUUAUGCUGGGUCCGUCGGUCCUCCUCCUCCAGGAACUCGAUUCUUCCGGACAGAGUCUUCUCGGUGCGGAGGAGCUUCGUCUUCUUAGAGAUGCUCUCAGGGAAGUAUGCAUCCCCCUGAAGAGUAUGUCCAAAGACGACGGCGCUAGCUUCAUGGCCAGGUGGUGGAUGAAGAUAGUUCGGCAGCUUUGUUAUGACACGCAGGAUUACCUCAACUUCGUCCAAAGUGCUCGAGAUCGUCCUGAUUUUUCAGAGUUACCUGAUCGUGCUGAGGCUGUUUAUUCAGGCUUACUUGCUCGCGCCAUUGAUGCGAGGGAAAGACGCAGAGGUUUCAAGUGGUCUCCCAAGACCACCCGGUCUGACACGUGGGAAGCCUUCAACCGCCGCUUCUCCAAAAAACUUGUCCAGCUGCUGGGUUCCUUCGGUGUCCAUACCACACCCGGUGCCGUGGUCGUGGAGGCCCCAAACAAGCUUGUCCAGCUGCUAGCUUUAGAUGAUGAUGUCAACGACAAGACACUCAAGGUGAUACCUAUAAUUGGAUGUGCAGGUGUUGGAAAGACAACAGCUGCCAGAACCUUGUAUCACAAGCAUGGAGGGAAAUUUCAGUGCCGGGCUUUUGUAAGUGUGUCUCAGAAUCCAGAUAUGAGGGGAAUCCUCACCAGCAUGCUAGCACAACUUAAGGCACCACGGCCCCCUGGCUUUCCUGAUGUGCUGGACCUUAUUGGCGCUAUCAGCAGGCAUCUCCAAGGCAAAGGGUACUUGAUCGUACUUGAUGAUUUAUGGACUGCAUCGGUAUGGCAUAUUGUUAGCCGCGCUUUUCCUCGUGGUGAUCACCGCAGCAGAAUAAUAACAACUACACAAGUGCAUGACGUAGCAUUGGCAUGCUCUGGUUAUCACCCGGUCCGUAUAUAUAAGAUGGAACUUCUUGAUGAAUAUGAAUCUCGAAAGUUAUUCUUCCGUAGGGUGUUUAGCUCUGCCCCUGGAGAUGGUUGUUCUCCAGCUACCAAAGAAGUCUCAUACGAGAUUAUCAGAAAAUGUGAAGGUUUGCCGUUAGCAAUUGUAAGUAUAGCAGGUCUGUUAGCAAGCGAAUUAAGCAUCGUCAUGGAAGAUUGGAGGCACAUACAAAAUUCUUUUUCCUCCACUUCCGAAGGGAUGAAAGAUAUUUUAAACCUUAUCUACAAUAGUCUUCCACCUGGUUUGAGGACAUGCUUGCUAUAUCUGAGUAUGUAUCCACAGGGCUACGUGAUGAAGAAGGCUGAGUUGGUGAAGCACUGGGUAGCCGAAGGUUUUAUCGGUGUUGUGGAAGGGACAGUCGCAAUGAAAAUUGCUGAGCGUUAUUUUGAUGAGCUUGUCAGCAGAGCAAUGGUCCAGGCCGUGGACACCGAUUAUACUGGCAAGGUGUUGUCAUGUACGGUUCACCAUUUGGUACUGGAUUUUAUUAGGUCCAAAUCUUUGGAUGAGAAUUUUGUCACCACUGUGGACUAUUCUGAAUCAACUCUAGCACACCCUGACAAAGUUCGUCGGUUAUCCAUCCAGUUUGGAGGGGUAAAAAGCGCAUACAUUCCAGAAACCAUCGUAACAUCGAAAGUUCGGUCACUUGUAUUUUGGGGUUUCUUCAAGUGUGCGCCUCCUUCCAUUAUGGAUUAUGGAUUUCUUCGUAUUCUGAAUCUUCAUAUUUGGGCUGAUGAAGACAAUGAGAUUUUUGACCUCAUUGGAAUUGGGAACUUAUUUCUUCUGAAGUAUCUCACGGUUGAAUGUAAUAUCACCGUCAAACUUCCAGAGAAGAUUGGAAUGCUCCGAUACUUGGAGACACUGGAAGUAGAUGCAAGAUUGUUUGCUGUUCCAUCAGAUAUGGAUAAUCUGGAGAGGUUACUGCACCUCCGUCUUCCGAGCGAAUCUAUCCUGCCUCAAGGAGUAGCCCACAUGACAUCUCUUCGCACUUUGGGGAAUUUUGAUCUCAGCCGCCGUUACUCAAUAAAGAAUGUAUUACAACUUGGAGGGCUGUCUAAUCUCCAGGAUCUCCAGCUCACCUGUGCUAUGGCACAGCAAGCAGAAAACCUGGAAAAGAAUGUGCUACUCCUUGGCUGGAUUGUUGAGAGGCUUAGUUUCUUGCAGACCAUAACUUUGGUACCUGCUUCAGUGUCCUCUCAUCAGGAUGAUGGUCAGGCUGCAGCACCUACAAGCAUAAUUAUUCCCCCUGAUGGAUUUAACAUGGAGCCUCCUCCAGACCUGCUUCUACAGAGGAUCGAAAUGUCGCGGCACUGCUGCAUCUUCUUCUGCAUACCUAAGUGCUUUGGAGAGCUAAGGAAACUCUGCAUCCUAAAGAUUGCAAUUAGGAGUCUGUCGAGGAGUGAUAUUGAAAUCCUGGAAAGAAUGCCGGCCCUCGCUGCUCUCGCCCUGUAUAAUCAGACAACUCCCACAGAAAAGAUGAUCAUGACUGACGGGGGAUUCUAUAGACUCACGUACUUCAAGUUCUUGUGUGCUGCACCAUGCCUGUCCUUUGAACAAGGAGCGAUGCCCAAACUCCAAAACCUCAACCUAGGAUUCAACUCAGACCAAUGGAGAUCGGAUACCUUUGAAACUCUUGGCUUGAGUCACUUGAGAGGCCUUACGGAUGUAUGUGUAAGACUUGGUACUGGGGCUGCUGACAACUUCAACGUAAAAGUUGCCGAGUCGGCAUUGGAGGCUGUUGUCAGGAAUCACCCCAACUCUCCUAGGAUCAGAAUAAAAUUUGUGGAUCUGAUUUUUGAUGGUAAGGAGGAUGAUAGCACCGCAACUCACCAGUAUCAAGAAGGCAAGGAAAGCAGGUCUGCCAGAGGCCAAGAUGGCAAACAAGAUGCAACAAGGGGCGAACGUCAACAACAGGGGCCACCAAUGAGCAAACAAGAUGCACGGAGGAGCAAAGCAGUGGGAGCGUCAUCAAAGGCACUACCACCGAUGAGCAAAGCUGUAAAUGCUAGCAAGUCAAGGGCAGCAGUACCUCCUCCCACCAGCUCUAGCCCAUCAAAGCCGAUGCCAUCUUCCUCCCUUACCAGUCCACCAAAACCGAGGCGACGUGGCUCCCGCACCAGCCCUCCCCGACCCACGAGCCCGCCCCAACCCAAGCGCUAA